ACCAAUGGGAAGAGAGACGGCGGUCGCGGUCGUCGACGCACGACUCCACUAACUUUCUUGUGGCGCGGCCGGUCACGCCAGGCGCGCGAAGAUGGAAGCGACGGCGGUGAUGGUGUGCUUAGCGGCGACCCUCUUCCGUCCCGUUGGCGCUCAAGUUCCGAGGUGUUGUACUCUGACCACGGGAUCUUGCAGAUCGGCCUGCGAACAAGUGUCUCUGGUGGAGGUGGCUUUGGACGACGAGGAGAGAUCCAAGACAGACGACCGACUCGAUCUUCUCUGCUCCAAGUUACUGGUGGCUUUUUGGGACUGCAUCCGCCAGACUUUUCAAGAGAUCGACGGAGGCAGAGAGUGGAACGGGAGAUCCUGUUGUCGUCUUCCCCAGUCUCGCAAAUGUCGUCUCGCUUGUCUGAGCGCUCGGAACGGCGAAGAACUGCUGCAGCAUUGUCGUCGUAGUGACGAAUUGUCCUUCUAUUCGUGCGUCGAGAGGCUGGAAGCCGGAGACAGAUGUUGCGGUCGAGCCCGGAGCUCUGCCUGUCGUCUAGCCUGUCGACGGGCCUUGGCUCAUCGGGGGAGGCCCGAGCCUCCGGCCCGAGAUGCCGUUUUGGAAAGUUGUUCUUCAGACUCUCCCGAGGUGCUGAGAUGCGUGCGAGAGUACACUCGAAGGACUCCGGCCCGAGAUCCUCGGCGAAUCGUUCAUUGCUGCGAAAAGUCGUCUUAUUAUCGUUGUCGCUCGCUGUGCAGAAGGAUCCUGGGCACUGGUGGAAGCACUCAAGAAGCGGUGAUGGAGCGUCUGAUCGGUGGAGGAUGCGGACCUCCUCUUCCCCAGGACAGACUGUGGCAGUGUUUUCUGGCCAACACCGCUCGAUCUGAAUACGACACUGUGGUAGGAAUCGAUCGUCUCGGUAUGGACAACGUAAAACUUCAAUGUUGCCAUCGAGCCGUCACUCUUCAUUGCAAAGAUCUAUGUCUCAAGAUGUAUAACAACGAAUGGGAAAGUCAUUGGGAAGAAUUCGACAGACGUUGCCAGUAUAAUCUGGUCGAAUGGAAAAUGUUGCAUUGUCUGGCCGAAGUCGAUGAACCUUGCGAAUUAGGUUGCGAAGGAUUAAAUUAUUGCAACAAAUUUAAUUAUCGUCCGACCGAACUGUUUCGAAGCUGUGAUGUAAGAGCCGAUCAAGCAGCCUAUCAUGACGUGGAAUUGUGGAAGGGAGGGAUUAUUCAAAUGCCCCGAAUGCCUCAGAUAAAAAUCCCAGUUCUGGAUAUAUCCGAAUGUCAACCGGAUAAAUGGAAAGCCAUAGCUUGCAUGUUGCAAAUUAAACCAUGUAGAAAUCAACCGUAUCCGAAUAUGAUAUGCAAAUCUGAUUGCAUAAAUAUUUUGAGCCAAUGUAUUGAUUACAGUCAGCUUGAAGAAGGACAGACACCAUCUACAUUUUGUGAAAUCUUAUCACCACAAUGGGAGAAUUCGGCUUGCAUAUCUUUAGGACCUUAUCUUGUCGAUAGUAAGCACGAUGGAAGCGCUACAGAAGUGUCUCAUCCAUGCAAGCCAAAUCCCUGUAAUUCCACAGAAGUUUGUUUAGUUAAUCACGAUUGCAAAUUUGGACAAAUUUGUAUUCCAUAUAAAUGCACUCCUGGUUGCAGAGUUGGAGAAAUGGCUCAAAUAAUUGUACCACAAAAUACAUACAUCCAAAUCCCUAAUAUUAUACAGAAUCAAGAAUGCCGUGUAGUAUGUAAAUGUAAACCUUAUAGAAUUAUUGACAGUUGCAUUUCUGUUAAUUGUAUUACUGACAAGGAUUGCAUUAAUCCCGAGAAGAAAAAUAAUUACUACAUUGAUGAGAAAAUAGCUCACAACACUGAAUUUUAUGACGAUGAUAAAGUAUGUGUGUGUUUUUCUGGAGAAAUAAAAUGCUUAAGACAAUUUAAAGUAAUGAAUAAAAGAAUUGAAAAUGUUCUUCCAUGCAAGUGUCCAUAUCAUUAUAUCCCAGUUUGUGGUAUUAAUGGGAAAACCUACAUCAGCCCUUGUAUUGCUAGAUGCAUUGGCUUAAAAGACGACCAGUACGAAUUUGGUACAUGUUCCAGUAUGGAUCCCUGUGAGUUUAAUCCUUGUCAGAAAUAUCAAAGGUGUAUUCCCCAUAAACAGUUUUGUCUCAGCAUUAAGCAUACUGGAUGCAAACAAUAUUUAUGUGUGAAUAUACGAAAUUGUUCGAAGCAAGCAAAUUUGACCGUGUGCGAUACAGAAGGAAACGAACACUCAAAUUUAUGCUUUAUGUUGAAUGCAGGAAAAACUUUAGCAUAUUUAGGACACUGCAAGAAAAAUUGUGAAAGUAAAGGUAUCGUUUGUGGUCACGACGGAGAGACUUAUAAUAGCGAAUGUGCUGCUCUGGCAAAUUAUGUAACUGUAGAUUACAAAGGUUCCUGUACUGCAACACAAUUUCUUUCAUUAAAAACAAGUUGUAAUGUAAGUUGUCAGCCACUAUCUUCCAGACAUUGCAAUCCCUUAUAUCUUCCAGAAUCAUGCUGUCCUGUUUGUGGUGGGGCAUUUCAACUAUUAUUCAGCCACAAUAUCUACGACCAAAUAAUUGGUGCAAUAAAAGACGAACAACAGUCCAGGUUGAGCGCCGUGGCAAAAACUCUCCUGGAGCACGUCAAUGUGGCGGAAUGUGGUGUUUUCGUUUAUUCCACGCAGGAAGCAAACAUCGUUGUCUUGGUUUCUCCCACCGUGCGAAAUGCCACCGCGCUUCAAGUCGAAGCGUGCACCAAAGAAGCCGAAAAAUUACAUUCUCUUUUUCGACAGAAAAGCCCAACGCUACUCACCAAAGUUCCACUCUCUUCUUUCUUAACAUCGGUCAUUGUAGAGAGCUUAGUUACGGACGGAACAGAUUCGAGAACUUUAUCGUCCAUACUAGUCAUACUUGUUUUAUCUCACCAACUGUUUUGGUGACUAAAAAUAUGUAAAUAAUUAACGCAUGGUGUCACAUCUGUAAAAAAUUUUUGGCAUAUAUUGUAUAUAAUAGAGAUUCAUCUUCCACCAUGACCAAAUUAAUAAUAUAAUUAGAUGCUUUCUUUAAUGGGAUGAUUCCAGAAAGCAUUCACAAUUAUAUAUGAAAAGCAUCUUUGUUUCAAGCUACAGAUGCUUGUAUUUUAUAAUGUGCACACACAUUUCCUGUUCUAUUGACAAUUCAAUGUUGUUUCAGAAGAAAUGUUAAAUAUGCAACAUUUAGGAGAUAAUUUAUUACGUAUUUAAAUAUUUUAAAACAUGACAACUUUAUUCAUAGAAAUUACAACUUUCAUGUGUAAAAUAUUAUAUAAUUUACUUGUAUUAUAAAUACUAUUUUCAUUAUAUCCUAAAAUUUAGAUUGUAAACUAUGAAAGGCUGAACUACAUGAUCUCAUAUAUUUAAAGCAUUUUUUUUAUUUAUUGUAAAAAAUAUUUUAUGACAGAUACUUUGUCUGCACAGACAAAGUUUACUCUGGUCCAGUCAUUUUUCUAUGUAAAUAGAACAAAAAUUAUAGAACUGGAUCUCAGUCAAGAAAAUGGAGUUAAUUACUUAAAAAUGAAAGGGGUUGUCUAGGUAUGAAGAUUUUUAAAAAUUUUCAAUGCAAUUAAUUAAUUAUCUCUCAUUACAAGAAAAUGAAUAUUCAAAAAUGUGUGUUAGUUUUUUUAAAUUUUGCAAUAUAUUAAUGAAUUAGAUUCUCUAAGAUUCAUCAGUCAUUGUUAACAUCACCCUUAUUCCAAAUCUGUUGGCUUUGAUUUUGCAGUAUAUUUUCAACAUUUAGCAAAACUAUUUUUACCAGAACUUUUUGUAUAUUUUUAUUUUGUUGUUUGAUAAUGGCAAUUCCUAUGAUGCACUCUUUUAAAGAAGAAAAAGAAAUUAAUAAGUAGAACUUUUGGAAUUUUUACAAAAAAUAUAGCAAUGUGGCAUUUUGCAGCAUAACAAAUAAUUUUUUAUUUGACAUUUUUAAAAGAAUGGACAUAUGAUGAUCCGUUUUCAAUUGAUAGAAUGAAUAAUUAAUUGAAAUGAAUAUAUUAACUUAGCAUUCAAUAUUUUAUUUCAGUAUUAUUUAUAUAUCUAGGUGUAUAUGCCAUUUAGUUAAUAUUGGACUAAUUAAAUACCAAUAUGCAUCAAACCUAGAAAAUAUAUUAGUGUUUGCCUAUAUUUAAUAUGAAAAAGAAAAAACCAAACUACAGAAACUUACAUUUUUAUGCCUGUCAUUGAUAAUAUGGAGUAACAGUUGGCCGUCUAAGAGACUGCAUUUUUAAGAGAGGUCAAAAUCUUGAACAGAAUGAAUUUAUUCAAUCAAAUUUUAUUCUGGUCAACUUUCCAGAGCAAAAGAGUAUUAGAUCUCAUUACAAAUCUGAGUUCCAUUUGAAUAAAUUCUCUGUAAAUUUCAAUUCUAGAAUAAAUCUUAUUAUUUUUUCCUACAAAUUCUCAUUAACAUUUGUAACAAUGAGAUGAGUGUUUCUGAAGUAUUUUUAUUCAUUUUUUUUUCCACAGAAAUUAUAAUUAAUUAAUAAUAAUCUUUCCAAAAGAUGCUAUUAUGUGAAAUAUACAUUUUGGCAAAUUAUUUUUUGCCUUUGGUUUCCAAAAUUUUAAACAGCAAGAAUUCUAAAUUAUUUUUGUAAUUUGGAUUUAGAAAAUGAAAAAGUUCUAAAACAUUAAAUUUUAUGAUUUAAAAUGAAAAUAUGUCAGAAUAUGAUUGCAUUGAACAAGAUAUUUGACCUCAAUCUUCCAUUAUUGAUAAUGGAAGACUGAAUUAUUUGGUAUUGAAUACUAACAGAUCAAACAGAAUAAUGUUAAGGUAAUUAUUUUCUUUUGUUUCUUAACUAAUUAAAAGUUCAUGAAUCCCAUCUAGUCCACAAUCAGUAUUUUAAGUGUGAAGUUUAUAAUUUUCAUGCUUAUUGAUAUUUCAUUUGAUAUCUUAAUAGUUGGAUUUAAAGAACAAUUUACAGUAUACUGUCGUUUGCAAUCUGUACUCAGGGUUAUAAAAUAUUCUUUAUUCAUUUCUAAGAUUUCUGUAAGGGGAGAAAAUCUCAAAAUAUCAAUUUAUUUAUAAAACUUUAAUAUAAACUACUUUAAACUAAGAUUGUUGUAUAUAACAAAUUUAGAUUAAAUUUAUUUAUUAUGUUUUAUAUUAUAUUCUAAAAAAAAAUGUUCAAAAUGUUUUACUUUGUUGAGUCUUACUAGAUUAUGCAAUGUAUAAUGCAAAUGUUAAAGGAAAUAUUAAAAUUUUUUGAUAAGAA